AUGGUAGGAGCUGGAAGAGACUUGUGGGAGGGAUGGGUGGGGUCCUUCACGAUACUGUUGGCUUUGCUGGAGCAUCGUGUAAGGAAAAUGUCCAGGAUGGAGGGGAGAGGGGCACCGAUGAUCUUUGCAGCUGUGUUCACUGAUGAGCCUGUGACAGACAGCUGCUGGUCAGCCAAUCAGACCUGCUCAUACAGUCAUGCAGCCAAGAGUCGUAACCUGAGAGGAUGGCUUCAGGAGCAGUUCGGCAACAGGCCUCUGGAACAGUGUGAGGACAUGAGUCUACAUAAUGCUGCCCAUGAGGAUCCUAAGGAGGAGUUGAUUUGGUCCUGUGGUUUGCUGCCCUGCACGCCCCUGUGUAUCGCUGCCAUGAUGAGUCACAGCGAGUGUGUGGACUACCUGAUCUCUCAGGGAGUUGCAGUGGACCUGGUGGAUGUGAAGGGUCAGACUGCUCUGUACAUGGCUGUGGUUAAUGGACACCUGGACUGUGUGAACAUCCUUCUGAAAGCCGAUGCUGAUCCGAACGGCAGCAUUCAUCACCUGAGCACCCCAAUAUACCACACUGCACAAGUGGGCCAAGUGGACAUCCUACUAGAGCUGAUCAGUGUGAAUUAUGAUUAUGCUGAUUGCCCUGGAAUACACACAGGUUCAAAGCUGAUACACCGGCUGGACCAGAGGUUUAUGUUCGGCACCCGCACUUUGACAACUCUGGCAGCCUGUCCACUUUUCAUCAGCGCUGCUUACCACCACCUCCUCUGCUUCCGGAUGCUUCUGAAUGCCAGUGCCAACCCAAACUACAACUACAAUGGCCCCGUGAGCAGGGAAGCACUGGUCAGGGGCCGGGCCUCCUGUAUGCUGGAUGCAGUUCUGAAACUCGGAUGUGAACCAGCCUUCGUUAGCUUGCUGCUGGACCACGGCGAUGACCCGUAUCUAAUCCCCUGGGACGAGCUCAAUCCUGAUACCAUGGUUCGCUUAAAAGUCAAUGCUGAAGCCUUUCGCAUCAACCAGGAGGCCAAAAGAAACCCGAGGAGAUUGAUGAACCUGUGCCGCAUUACCAUCCGGAAGAUCAUGGGCAAGAAGCGUCUAGCACAGGGCUCAUGUAUCUCUUCCCUUCCGCUGCCUGAAACCGUCAUAAAUGUUAUGUUUCACAAGGACUGAUGUACCUCUGCUUCUCCAUGUUGACGGUCGAUGAACUCAAAGGUAUGAGUGGCCACUCGCUCUCCAACACUACUUACAUGGAAACCAAUGACUUCCACAAGACUGGCAGCUGUAAUGGCAAGACUAUAACUUUAGUGUGCUGUGACACUAAAACCACAUCUUGUUGAAAACCACAAACUGGAAAAAGCAAAGCCUGGGAAAGGCCGGACUCUGCCAACGAAUCACCAGUGGGCUUGUAGAGAACUGCAGUCCCUCUAUCUGCAUCUGGGGGAAAGCGGAUCUGGAAGGAGGCCACUUAGCAACCAAAAACUCCAAGCGUAGGAUGAGUGUCCAGAUGGUGCAUUACAGGCUGCAGCAGGAAGUGAAGGACAGCUAGAGAAGCAGCUGGUCACAGGCCUGGACUGUGCAUGUUCCCCAGGCCUGUGAUCUCAUUCACACGAUGCUCGUCCCUUGACGUGGCCAAACAGCAUCUGACUUUUCGCUCAUCACUAAAUCAAGCUGAUGAUCAGAGCUGCUUUAUGGGGUACAACGAGAGCAGACAGCCAUUCAGUGGACAAAACAACAUUAGAACUGAUGGGGUUCCCAACAAAAUGGGGUUCCCAAGGGGUUUUAAAUUGGGGUCUGAAGAAAAGCCUCUCCCGGUGUAGUCGGUGGAAACCAAAGACGAGCGAUCGUGGCCUUGGCUCAUUCCCAGACGCAAUGUGCAACAUGCUCCCAUUUACCCUUCUCCAACAGUCUGGACGCCAGCCGGACACAAAGGGCAGAUGUUGUGAUGCGGUGUGUUUCUUUGAUUUGUCACUGACCCCCAUAUGGAGUGCUGAAAGGAGACGGUGUAAUGAACACCAGCAGUACGAUGGAAGAGGAAAAGCUGAUCCUGCCCAGCCAUGGCAGUGGCAUAAAGCGUCAACCAGGUUUCCUGCUGAGUGGUGUCGUUACAUAAUAAAAGAUACAGUGACCCCUGCAAACUUUGCUGUGCCGGGGCCCCCUUUGCGGCUAUGGAGUUAACGUCCCAGCCUUGAAAAGAAAUAGUUCUCAGCUAUUAAAAUACCUCUGAAAAUGGGAUGCUUAUCAAAUAAUACGAACCAGAUUGCCCCGUUUUCCUUCUAGC